AUUAUAAACAGCAUUGCAUCAUCAAAUGUACGUACUUUUUGGUCAGUUUUUGAUACUCUAAAUUUCCUUUCGUUUUGACAGACAAUAGUUUUAAUCAACGGAUGUUUCAAGGCUAGAUUGGUUAAAAUUAUCACAUUUCUCAAAUCAACCACUGAAAUGAUUGUGAUCCGUUUUACACUUAAAUUAGCAUUGGAAUUCCAGAUGAUGUGGAAAUGUAUACUAUUUACUCACAGCACUUCAAUACGUUGUAGUUUUCUUUUUCUUUUCUUUUUUAACCUCACAAACUAACACAGCUCAGCAUAGGAAAAAGAGACAAGCAACCAAACAUUGUGCUUUCCUAAAGUGCAGACGCAAAUGAGGUCUGUGUGUCUCACAGACAACUCAGUCUUUGAUUUUUCUUUCCUGUGCAGAGGCACUUACAAAGGCCUUUGCUGAGGAGAAGGAUCAAGCUAAAGCACACAUAGAGUUACAAGGAAAAACACGACAAAGAAAGGUGUGGGAGGUAAAGCAACCUUCAUCUUCUACAGAGAUCCUGCAGUUAUGAUAGCAAUUUCAUCAUGUGUUAGUUAAACUAAUAUCUGUGAAAUCAAUUUUCCAACCUAAAAAAGGAUCACCCAGACACCAGAUGUAAAGGGAAUGUUUCAAAAUGGUGCUGGAACAGACAGAGGUGGAGAUAACCGGAGUAGUCACCAAAAUCGGUACCAAGACGAAGACUGUUCUACUUUUUGCAGCAUACAGAUGAAGGCCAGAGGAAUCAGUUCAUCUCUGAUCUCAGCUAAACCCAUGGCUACCAAGGUAUCUGUUGACUUGGACAGUGAUUUCAGAGGUUCUGGCUCUUCUCACAUUCAAAAUUCCACUCUAAAACAGCAGAGUUCCAGUGAAAAUACAAGCAAAUAUUUUAGACAGCACAGACCAUCAGUACUACGCAAAGGCAACCAGCCUUUCCCACAAGCGUUUGGUGUUCAUGACUGGGUUGUGGACACUGUGUGUAAGACAGAACCUGACAGUGACCUGUCAGACCCUGUGCCACUUUACAACAGCCAGUCUGAAAGCAGACUCGGUGCCUCCGUGUCAAGCCCUGAGCCUGGCAGCACAGAGCAUACUGGGAAACAUGCAUAUAGUGUUCCAGGUGGCUUUCUGUGUGUUAAAGGACAAUGCAAAUGGCCUGGGUGCUCAAAGAGCAGAGAAGUGUUCAAAGAAUAUGGACAUUUCUUAAAACACCUUUCUACUGACCAUGCUCAUGGGGACAGAAGUAUAGCCCAGCUGAGGACGCAGAAAGACAAAGUACAAUACAUGGAGAAUCAGUUGACCGCAGAGAGACAGAAACUGCAGGCUAUGCAGCUACACCUGUUUGAUGUCAAAUCUACCUCUGAGGAUGGUAACGGUGUGGAGAACCCAGGACAUCUGUCAGGACUCCUGCAACCUGCAGCAUUUCAGAACGCGAUUGGUGUUUAUGACAGUGAGAGAGCAGCAGCUGAAGCGUUAACACAAGGAUUCUGGCAGAUCUCUACCUCACAAGUUAUACCAGGGAUUAUCCCCAGUUUUGAGUAUUAUAAAUUCACAAACAUUAGGCCACCUUUCACCUACGCCUCCAUGAUACGAUGGGCGAUCCUGGAGUCCCCUGAGAAGCAGCUUACUCUGAAUGAAAUCUAUCAUUGGUUUACCCGCAUGUUUUUCUACUUUCGUCACAACACUGCCACAUGGAAGAACGCUGUUCGGCAUAACCUCAGUCUUCAUAAUUGCUUUGUGCGUGUUGAAGGCAAGAAAGGUUCUGUUUGGACUGUGGAUGAAGAGGAAUUUCAGAGAAGAAAAGGACAAAAGUUUCACAGGGACCAGGAUAUGGGCUGGAUGGCACCUUUUCACCUGUUUCCUGUGACUCCACAAAGUGAAACUUCUCAGAUGUGAGGCUCAAAUGGACUCAUUAAGAGAUUGCAACAACAUUUCAACCACUAACAAUAUUAUUCUUUUUUUUUUUUUUGUAAGAAUGAUAAAUAUGAUCAUUUUAAAUGUAUAGGUGGCAGUCUAUUUCAGACCAAACUGUUUUUCUUUUUUGGAAAAAGUGUAAGGAAUCAGUAUGUAUUUUACAUAAUUUAAAGAUAAAGUUAAGGAGUGGGUGUUCGGCAAACUUUAUUAUCCUUCUUGCAUUUAAAUGCACUGAUAAAAAGUACAAGUACAUCAAUUUUUAUUAUGCCUACAAAGGUACAUCGAUGAUAUUAAUGGUAUCCUAUGUAAUACAU